AUGAAUUAUCUCCUAAUUAUUGGCCAGCAAAGCUUAAAGACGCUACGACUUGGAGAAGUCAGCCAGCCAGCCAGACUUCUCACCACCCACCACCGCCUCAUCCCACAGCCGCCAGCAGAAGACAGCGACGUCGAUAUGGCGAGAGCAUCUCCCUUUGACCUGUCCAACGACUACAAGGACGACGGCACAAACGUCCUUCUCGAUGCCAAUGAGAACGCAUACGGUCCCAGCCUCACUCUAGAGACCAUCGAGAAGUCUGCAGGUGCUCAAGAUGGCUCAAGCCCGGGCGAUAUUGAUUUCCUGGGUUUGCACAGAUACCCUGACCCACACCAAGUAGAGCUGAAGCAGCUAUUCUGCAACUUGCGCAAUACUCGGAUCCAUACACAAAAGGAGUUGAAGCCAGAGAAUCUCUUUGUUGGCGUGGGCUCGGAUGAGUCAAUCGAUGCCUUAAUUCGAUGCUUCUGCGUGCCUGGAAGGGACAAGAUUUUGACAUGUCCUCCCACAUAUGGCAUGUAUGCUGUCUCUGCCCAGGUCAAUGACGUUGAGGUCGUCAAAGUGCCACUAGAUGUUACACAAGGAUUCCAGCUUCGUCCAGCCGCCAUAACCGAGGCUCUCUCCGCUGACCCAUCUAUUAAGAUCGUAUAUAUUUGUUCACCAGGGAACCCGACUGGGAACCUCAUCAAAAAGGAGGACAUCCAAAAGGUCCUGGAGCACGAAACUUGGAAUGGAAUAGUCAUUGUUGAUGAAGCCUAUAUCGAUUUUGCACAUGAAGGGAGCAGCUUGGCGGAAUGGGUCACCGAGUGGCCGAACCUCGCUGUUAUGCAGACUCUGAGUAAAGCCUUUGGCCUGGCGGGUAUUCGACUAGGAGCCACAUUCACCAGCCCAGAGAUUGCACUCUUGCUGAAUAGCAUGAAGGCUCCCUACAGCAUAUCUACCCCUACCAAGUCUCUUGCCAUUGCUGGCCUUUCCCCUGAGAAUCUUGCUCUGAUGCGCAAGAACAGAGAGAAACUACUUGCUCAGCGCACGAGGCUACUGGAGGAGCUUCCCAAGAUUCCUGGAGUUGGCCGAUUUCGGGGCGGCACUCACUCCAACUUUCUCUUGGUAGAGAUGCUAGACAAGCCAUCGAGUGAUGGUGGGAAGCCUUGCAACAAGAUUGCCCAAUCCGUAUAUCAGACGCUGGCUGAAAAUAAGGGAGUAGUCGUUCGUUUUAGGGGUAAAGAGCACGGCUGUGAAGGCUGUCUGAGAAUUACAGUAGGAACAGAAGCUGAGGUUACAAGAUUCCUUUCAGACCUGAGAAUCGUUUUGGCGGACAUGCUUGGAAGAAAAGAAGUUUAA